AUGGAGGAAAUGAUGGCUGCCUUUACCGCCAAGCUUCAGCCACCUAAUUCUGGCCUACUACCAGGCCUUUCCAUUCCUCCGGGAGAUAACACCGGCAAAACCUCCGAAGCUGCUCCUUACCGGACAAUGCCGCUAGAAGACGUGAUCAUUGCUGGCAUGAGCUCGGGUUCACCACCCCCACUCCCAGCUCCCCAAGCCAAUCCUGUUGCUAUGGGGAUGAAUGAUGAGACGGCCAAACCGUUAGCUCAGAUGGAGCAGAGGAUCCGAGAAGUAGAAGGUACCCAUAACAUCCCCCAGGUUGAUUUCUCCGCCUUCUCGAAGGUUAGUGUGCCCGAGAAGUUUAAAAUGCCCGACUUCGAAAAGUAUGACGGCACUUCCAACCCAGUGCAACAUGUUCAGAUGUACCAAGCCAGGAUGAGCAAAUAUGCGGCUAACGUUCCUCUGAUGAUUCAAACCUUCCAGGCCAACUUGAAAGAUGCAGCUAUGAGAUGGUACACGGACUAUGAAAUAUACAGCAUGGAGAACCGGGAGAAGGCGGCUAAUGCUUUUGUUAAGCAUUUUAGUUUCAACUUGGAUGUUCUCAUUUCUAGGGAAGAUCUAGAACAGCGAGAGAUGAAGAAAGGCGAGACGAUUAAGCAUGACGCCACCAGGUGGAGGAAUGUGGCAUCUCAGCUGAAGCCAAUACCCCCCGAGCGAGAGCUCAUGAAAUUAUUUGUCUCCACUCUACCUCGGACAAUGCGGUCGCGAAUCCUUGGAUCUGCUGCAACGUCGUUCAGUCACCUCAUUGCAAUGGUUGAAGAGGUGGAAAGUGGCAUGAAGAAAGGUUGGUAUGAGGAUGCUGGUGCGCCCGCUAAACGGUUCGCGGUAAAGAAAGACAAAGAACCCGCUCCACAAGUGAAUGUCACUUAUACUCGGAAGCCCCAGGUCCAAGCGCCCAAGGUUCAAACCCCUAAUCAACAAUCGGAGAAUUUUAGUACUCGGGGACAAAGAGGAUACAAGCGCAAUCGACAGUAUACACCAUUGCCUGGUACUCUUUCGCAGGUCUAG